GCCCCGCCGCGCCGCUCCGCCCCGCCCCGGCGGCUUUCUGUCCCCUCUCUCGCGCCGUACGGCCGGGCGGCUACAGCGUAUCCAUCCGCGGGCAACUUUGUAGCGCGGGGCGCGGGCGGCGCCGCCGCGGCUCCGGCUCCGCUGCGGCUCGGGCGCGGGGCGCGUCCAGCCCCCCCGGUCAGCAUGGCCGGGAUCGGCAUCGACCACUCCAAGCUCCCCGGCGUCAAAGAAGUGUGUCGAGACUUUGCUGUUUUGGAAGAUCAUACCUUGGCCCAUAACCUACAGGAACAAGAGAUUGAGCAUCACUUGGCAACAAACGUUCAGCGUAAUCGUCUAGUGCAACAUGACUUGCAGAUGGCCAAGCAACUGCAAGAGGAGGAGGAUCUGAAAGCACGUGCUCAAAUCCAGAAACGCCAAAAAGACCUGGAACGACAGGACUGCGAGAUGGCUCAGGAAAUCCAAGUGAAGCUCGUAUUUGAAGCAGAGCAGCGACGCAGGCAAGAGGAAAAAGAUGAGGACAUUGCCCGUCUCCUACAAGAAAAGGAGCUGCAGGAAGAACAACAACGCAAAAAGCACUACCCAGAAUCCCAGGGACACGCAGUCUGUGAAGAUGGUUACUAUUCAGAGAAUGGAGCACACCUGCAGGGUGACUCUAGAGAGCAGGUUUCUGAGCCUCGCAGACGCCACAGUGGCGAGAGGCACACGCACCAGCGGAGAGAGCACCAGAAAGUGCCUUUGCCUGACAGCACCUCUGAGCACAGGCGUCACCCCUCAGAGGAUCCUCGCUGCUCCCCUCAACCAAGCAAGGCCAGGCGCAGGAAUCGGCAUGAUAGAGAGCGGCAGGAGUGGACAUCAGCCAGCCAGGGUGGGUCCAGGCGACCUCCCAGCCUGGACCUGGAAAGAGGGGCCAAACAUGCUGCCCCUGACCGCAGCGGUAGCUGGGAGCCACAGGAGAGGAAGACAGCUGGCAGAGAGAAGGCUUGGAGGCCUCUCAGCCUUAAUCUGGACUCAGAGCAUGAACUCACAAACCAGGCGCGAUAUGACAGAAAGCCAUCAAGGCAUGACAGAGAAAAACACCUUCCCCUUCUUGAUGUGGAGUUGGAAGCUGAGCAGGAAACCUGGCAUCAUCAUGGCAGCCAGCUGUUGCACCCAGGAAACCAUAAAUCCCGCCGUCAUGGCCGCACAUCGCCUAGGACAGCUCACGACAUGAGACUCCAAGACUCCGAGUCCGGAGAAGAUCAUAGGAAGGGUGAGGAGAGAGAUUACAAAAGAGCAGGACAUGGGAGAAAACCUUCCCCCUCUCCACACAUGGUGACCCGGGGAAGGGUUGGAGACUGCCAACAAGAUUCAGGAACUAAGUCAAGGGGGGCAAAGCAAGCUAUUUAUGACAAACCUCGAAGGGAACAGGAAUUGUCUGAUGCAGAGAUUGCUCGGAAACUGCAAGAGGAAGAGCUCCUGGCCAACCAGAUGGAUGAGAAGGCAGCUCAAGUAGCCCAAGAUGAGGAAAUAGCCCGUCUCUUGAUGGCCGAGGAGAAGAAAGCUUUCAAGAAAGAAAAGGAACGAGAAAAGUCUUCCUUUGAAAAGAAGAGGCAUGAUCAAGACUGGAAGUAUGAUGCAAGCGAGUCGACGCGCUCAAAGUCAAAAGAAGGGGCUGAACCUCAGCGACACAAAGGCGACAAGUCUUUACGGUCACAGCCUCACCUUGAUGACUUUGAACACUCUCGUUAUUACACAAGCCAGCCUAGCCCCUCGCGCCAGUUUCCCAAACAUGAGCACUCUCCUAAAGGUUCCCGUAGGAAGCAGUAAACUGCUAGCCUUUGCUUUGGUACUGACUCUUCUGUAGCAAACAUUACUGGAAUGGCCAGGCAACUUUCUUGAUUCCUUACCCAAUGGGAGGUCCACCCUCCACCCCUGGGAUCUCCUCUUUAAGUGUUAUCAUAUUAAUAUGGAACAUUUGUUCAUUUCAAUUUCUUACUCGUAUGUGAUCACUUAAGCAGUGCAGUACAAUCUAGCCGCUACUGAGCUGUGUGAAUCAACUAGCUGAUUUAAAAGCUUUUUUUUUUUUUUUUUUUUAAAUCCUUUGAGGCUUUCCUUUUUAUUUUUUAAGCUUUGGCUGGAGCUUGGACAAAUAGAGAUGCAUAUACAACUAGAAGGAAAAUCCAAGAUAUGAGCUGGGUUAUGGCAAUACAGCAGAACAUCUGAAAUACAAGUCCUUUCUAUAUUAGGAUGACUUAGUGCAGAGAGUUGUAAGAGGGAACAUGUGUUUCUCUCUGUGCUGGAUAAGAAAGCUGAGCCAAUCCAACAGAGAGACAUAUUAGCUUGCAGGAAGGAGAGAGGAUCUUCACAACAUACACCAGGAAAAGCUAGAGCUUGAGACUGAUGAGGAAUUUGCUUGUAGAACAAAUUUUCCUAACUGCUGUGGUUCUUUUUAGGGUUUCCAGUAAGCACUCCUAAAUUCUGUAUGGGUAGAACAUGCAACCAGACAUUCAGCUCAAGGUUAUUGGGUAAGACAGUUAAGAGGAAAGACAAUUUAAACUGAAAUUAGACCGUAUGUGUAUGACUUCUAAAGGGCUCCAGAGAACUGACGAAGCUGUGAGUUGUGGAUUAGGAAGAAUAACACACGCUGAUUUAAAUGCCUGAAAGGACCUCUGUCGUCACCUCCUUUGAGCUUCAGCGUAAUGCAAGCCAAGGAAUUUCAUUCAGGCCAAGCAGGGACUACUGUUGCUCCUUGCUCAGUUGCUGAGGCACUGAGCACUGCAACUUAUGUCUAAACCUGAAUGUGUGUUGGAAACACAGCACUGAAGGAGGAACAUAUGGGCAUUGGACAUUGAAUGCAAAACCCACAGUAACAGGCAACUUAGAGACACCGAGUCCAAACAGUCAACAAAAUAUCUGUGCUACCUGCCUUCCCUCCACAUUGCUCCAUACAGUACCCCAGGCAGCAUCCAGUCUGGACGAAGUGAUUGCUCUCUGGGGCAUGGUUGUGCCUGCAAGUUUAAGUUAUCUGUACAAAUUUGUCCAUGCACUGAUACAUAUUUUUUCCCUCCACUCUUUGAAAAACAUUCUGUUCUUACAGAGUCAGGUGGACUUUGCCCUUGGCCUUCUCUCAUCCAAAUCUUUUGUCUUUUUAAUCUCUUUUUGACAUUUGUUUUUUUCCCAAGUGCAUUUUAACCUGCAAAGCUGAGCAGAGGGACAAUGGUUUGGAGUCCGUUAGCCAGUACAGGCUAGUUACUCACUUUAGCAGUCUGGUUCACAGCAGCAGAGCCUGGUUGUGGUGCCACUGCAUCCCAGCUUCCUUACUGCCUGGCACCAAGUCAGUCCCAUCGUGCUCUUCAUUCUUCACUGGCUGCUGUAACUCUGCUGCCGGCUUUGAUGAGUGGGGGCAGGGGCACAACUGUACUCACCCCCUCACUGACCUGCUCCUCUGCCUGGGAGCCAGCUCUGCAGAGCUUUGCAGAGAGGAAAUGCUGGCCUGGAGCACUGGUAGGAAAUUGGAAGAGAUCAUGGCUCUCUUCUCUUGCACUAAUUCACAAUUCAAGCCCCAAGGCAGCUGGAAGGCUUUAACUUUAGCUGUUGAUCAGAAAGCUACUGUGAAACAAAUCACUAGGAAGACAAGGCAACUUGUUUUUCUCAUAAGUUGCAAGGACAUAUCUAAUACCACAGCAAGAGCCCAUGCCUCACCUUAACCGAAGUGAAAAACUUCCUUCUCCUGCCCUGACUGGGAUGUUGCUACCAGUUCCCUACCUGCAGAGUACUAGCUAGUCCCCUGAUAGAGCUUUGCUCCAGGCAUGCACUAGCCGAAAAUGUAGCAAUAUAGGACCUUAUGCAUCAGCAGCAUCCCAUUGACUGCAUGCCCUUGCUUCCAGACCAUGAGCCUGCUCACCUGCAUCAACCCUUAAGUAACUUGCAGGCUCUUGCUUGCUUGCUGCUUCUUCUCAGGAAAUAUCCCUGCCUGCGGCUAGAUUUUACUGUCUUUGCAUUGUGCCCUCUUCUCUUUCCAUCUCUGUCCAUUCAGAAGUGUUAACGUUGUUUCAAAGGAAUAGGAAAAAAAACAACGUAGACCGUAUAUUUUUAUUUGAUAACUUGGGCCAAUGUGGCAACCUCAUUUGCAAUGAUUUUAUUUUAUAAAUGUUUAUUUUUAUAUUUCAUGUAACAGUCAAAAAUUUUACUGCUGAAAAUGCUGGGAGGUUUUUUGGUGGGUUUCUUCCUCCCUUGCAUUCCAUCAGACUGUAUUUAUUGUUGUGAAAUGGAUCUCUAGUGGGGAUUUAUGUACUGAUACUUCUACAAAUACCCCAGCCCAGGCCCUGCUGCUUGUAUCAUCUGGUGCACUUGUGAAAACUGGAUGGGGAAAAAUCCUGCCAAGUCCAAAAGUGGUUGUGCUUUGUACUCACUGUGCAUGGGAAAAAUGGUGACUGUGUGUGCAAGGCAAGGAGAAAUCGGCAACUAGGAAUUCGGCUCUCCCUGGGCUUCUGUAGCUGACUGUCAUGGGUUUUCUUGCACUGCAGUUGGCUGCUGUAACUUCUGUCUUAUCCUAAUCAGAGAAGUCAUGAAGGCCCUGAGCCUGCUAACAGAUUCUUUGGAUGUCAAUUCAGGAAAGAUGCUCGGGAGUGUCCGAGUUGUUGACUUCAGUGGGAGGGAGUUGGGGCUAGGUAGUGAGAGAGAGUGUUCUGGUUGACUUGUUUGGAAACUGGAGAAAGUCUAAAAACCAUCCCAAAGCCUGGACUGUGGUGCUGCAGGGUCUCCUUGUGAGCCUGUUUUGGCCUGCCAAGCUGCCCGUGGCACUGAGAAGAGGGAGCUCAAGGGAAGGAUCCCAGGAGCAUCUGCUGCUUCCUUGGAUGCCUCCAGGGAAGGCUAAUUGCUUUGGGGGCUGCUCAUCUCUAUGUCCCCCCACCCCUUAUCCUUUAUGUUUUUAUUCUUACUCCCUGCCUUUGUUAUUUGCUGUCCCUUGUAAUUGUUUUUCUCCCCAUUUUGUUUUUCUGUAGCCUUUCUGAAGGAGGCCCUGAGAUUAUGCUGGAAGGGAGCUGACACCUAUACCUAGAGAGAGAAACUGUAAAAUCAGUAACUGAGGAAAGCAUAUAAUAAAUAGAGGAACAGUUGCUGUAUUUAUACCGUAAUAGGUCUUCUGGGCCUCAUGCAGUCAGCAGGCUAGAGACUUUGAGGCACACAUUGCAGCUGGGCUUGCACGUUUAGCAGCCACUUUUGGCUCCUCCCAUGGUCCCACUGAAGUCAACAAGAGUUGAGUUAAGAUUGUGGAUCAACAAGGACCCAAUUCACCUUGGGGUUCAGCAGCCACAGUUUUGCUGAAGUUGGGGAGAUGCAGCGGCCCAGGCCAGAUGCAAAAUCAGCACCUUGCGUGUGUGCCCCUGGAAAGGGGCACAUUAAAGUCGUCGUUUUAAAAAGACCCAACCAGAGCAAUAUUUCCUUUCCAUAACAGAAAAAAUGUUUAAAUAACCUUAUUGUUUUGUCUUCUCUUGCCAAGUUUCAGUAGCUUUGCCUAUGGUUUUGCUCUGGAUUUAACAGUAUGUCAGAGUCCAGGCCGGGGACAUAUGCCCAGGCUAUUUCAACUCUGCAUCCCUUUCUUACUGCGCACGUUAAUAAAGCAACAGUAGCCACGUGGAAAGUUCAUCACCAUGAAAUCUUAUCACUUCCUUACCUCUGUGGUAGGCACAUCUCACCAGCAAGUGCUCCUCCACCUCCUCACCUCUGUCCGAAGCACAACAGCCCUCAGAGGAGAGGGCAGGCGAGCCGAGUGAUCGUGCCUUACUUGCAGGGAUACUCAAUAUCUCCAGUAUAGUCUGAUCUGAGUCACCUUGCUAUGAAACACUGUCUUAAAAUGUGGACUGUACAGCUUCCUGCAGUGAGAAGCAGUUGUCAUCAUGGGGAUAGAUCCAGCAGGUUAAUCUCAUUUACGGUUUUGAAUUUAGUGGGGGAAGGGAAAAUACCACUUGUUAAUGGUUAGAUUGUCUUUUCAUUGGAUUUCUGCCAUGGGGAGGAGGGAUAGAAGUUACAAAUGCUGUAAUCUGCUUCACUCUGUAAAAGGGAUCUUGUAAGUACAGUAUUUUUAUAUCUCUGCAUUUCCACCUGUCAGGAUUUGAAUCAGAAUUAAUAACAUCUCUCAGUUAGGAAAAAAAAAAAACUUUUUUUUUUUUUUUUUUUUACAGUGCUAGACCUUUGUAAGUUUUUAUUUUGUGCCAAAUUACAGCCACUGUUACAUUUUCUUUUUUUAGGGUGUGAAUUCAGUUUAUUGCUAUCGAUCAAUGUGUGUAUUAUAUAUAUUUUUUAUUAUCAAGGUUUUUAUUUUAAUUCAUAUUAACCUAUAUGCAAACUAACUGUGGAUUGCUAAUUUAUAUAUAAAGGGGAGCACUUUAGAAACAGUGUGAGAAUCCCCUGCUUAGUUUACACUCUUGUAAUCCAGUGCAGCCAGGCUGUAAAACACAGCGCUUCUUACACAGAAUAUUCCCCUGGGUAUCUGCCAUGCAAAGCAGAUCCCUCCUGCUGGUCCUCACAGCGCGCUGAUGCUGCAGGGUGGUGUGCGGAUGCAACAGGAACCAAAGCACAGCUCACAGACGUGGACCGAGUGCGAGUGAGCGAGCUGGCCUCUUUGCCGUCCUGCUUGCGGCAGUUGCGCCAGGGAGGCUGCCGCAGCAGGAAUUCUAGUUCGGGGUGACUUUGAGGUUUACUCUGCCCUGUCUCCUCCCCCAGGAGACGGGCAAGUCUCUCAAGAUGCUGAAUGCUUAGUUUUGCAGCUGCUUUGGGAGAUGUAGGGGAUAGCACUGAGGCACAGCAGUGCCCCUUGCAUAAAAUAUACCACUGGGCAGGCUCUCAUUGUGCUGCAUGCAAGUGCCACUCAGAUUGCUGUGUCCAGAGCAGGCUGCAGUGUGCAGAUUUUUGUCGGGAAAUCACACUGCCCUCAGCCUCUGGGUUGGAAAUUUCAUCAGCUGCCUCCUCCCCCUCGGGUAGCACAAGGCAAGGCUUAGGCCAUGCAGCUUGGACUCUCCCCAGGAGAGGACACCGGCACACACAAAUGAGUAUUUUCUACUUCACGGUAAACAAGUUUCACUGUAUCAAUGUUCGCUCUAAGUAGACUCCACAGUGUGUCUCCAGCUGCAUCUGUGCACUGCAAUACGGUUAACUUCCUCAGAGAAAUAACUGCAGUUGUCUAAUUUAGCUCUUUAGGGUAAACUUUCAGCCUGUUGAAUCUAAAUGUUAGCCAUAGGAUAUGAUGAAUUAGUCAAAUGGUUUAAAUUCCUCGGAGUUGCAAGUUUACCCUGUGUUGCAACAGCUAAUCCUUAAUUGCAAAUUGCGCACUGACAAUAAUCCAUCUAUGCAAGCCUUUUUGUUUUUCUUAUUCUUAUUUUUGACUGUUUACUAUAAUUUUACCAGGUUUGGCAUAGAGCUUCUGAAUGACAUUUAACCAAAGUAUCAUAUCUGUGUGUGUAUAGCAUGUUUUGCUUCAUACUCCUGAAUUCAUUGAAUGUAAAAAGAACAUUGCCUUGCCCCAUCUUGUUCAAUAAACUAUUGUCUUUUGUUAUCCACCGCA